CGCACGCCCUCACGCCACCCGACACCCCCAAGACCGCCCAAAGAAUUUCCAUUUCGGCGUAUUUUUUCCUCUUCUCCAACCUCCCCCUUCCCCUUCUCUCCACCGCCUCGCUCCCGGGCCCCGGCCAUGCUGACCCCGCGCGUCCUCAAACUCUCGCUGCUCCGCCGCCUCCGCUCGGCCGCCGAGCUUCCUCCGCUGUGGCGGCCUCGGGUGUUCCCUAUGCGGAAUCAUCAUUCUAGAGGUUAUUCUAAUGGUGGAAGCUCCAAGUAUGACAGGCCAAUGAUACAAUUUUCUGAAAAGAAUGAGUCAAAUCCUCAGCCAUUGAUAUACUACAUUGCCCCAUCUGCUCUACUAGUUUUUGCUGGACUAGCUGCUUUUGUUCAUUACAAUGAUGAGAGGCGUGCGGUUCCCUUAGCUAAAGGAGCAGGACAGACCAGUGUUCCCAAAAGGUGUACUACCAAUAGGCCUGCAAUAGGAGGGCCAUUUAAGCUAUAUGAUACAGAAAACAAUGUGGUGACUGAAUCAAAGCUUCGAGGAAAUUGGACUCUGAUGUACUUUGGCUAUACAUCAUGCCCAGAUGUGGGGCCAGAUGAAGUUCAGAAGAUGGCUGAUGUUAUUAAGCUGUUAGAGUUAAAGUAUGAUAUCAAGAUUGCACCACUCUUUAUCACAAUUGAUCCUCAACGUGAUUCACCUGCUCAGCUUAAGGCAUACCUUAGUGAAUUUGACCCAAGAAUAGUAGGACUAACGGGCUCCAUCAGUGCAGUAAGACAGAUUGCACAGGAAUACCGUGUUUUCUUUAAAAGAGUAGAGGAAGUUGGUCAGGACUAUCUUGUAGAAAGCUCUCAUAAUAUGUACUUGUUAGAUCCAUGCUUGGACACAGUAAGGUGCUUUGGAGCUGAGUAUGAGGCAUCAGAUCUUGCUGAGGCGAUAACAACGGAGAUCCAGAAGGCAUCUGCUUCAUCAACGAAUUAGUCGAGGGUCUAAUAUGGCAGUAUAAGCAGUUCUCCAAUCUUUUUCUGUGAAGCACCUCCUCGCCCCUGUAUAGUGCUCACAAAAGGGUGUCACGGUGGACCUUCCAUUUAGCUCUGCCUUCAGUGAACCGAAUCAAGCUCCUAUUCUCCCUCUUGCUGUGUAAGAUUCGAGCAUAACUGUACAAAAUGGCAUUUCACGCGACGAAGUAGCUUCAGAGUUACAAAUCA